CUCUGCCCGCUGUAGUCAACAGCGGUGGAAGACGACCGCUUUUGCUUUGCCAGAAAAAUUCACUUAUGUACCUACACAUAAUAUCACAUACUUCAGAGGCGGCUUCUAGGACCUACUGAAGUUUAUCCUCUAGCAGUCCAUGGACUCCAUGGACUCCAAAGAAAGAAUGCAGACAAUCAAAUGUGUGGUUGUAGGAGAUGGGGCUGUAGGUAAGACCUGCCUCCUCAUCAGUUACACAACGAAUGCCUUUCCUGAGGAGUAUAUCCCCACCGUCUUUGAUAACUAUAGUGCCCAGACGUCUGUGGAUGGCCAGAUCGUCAGCCUGAACCUGUGGGACACAGCUGGCCAAGAGGAGUAUGACCGACUGCGAACACUGUCCUACCCCCAGACCAAUAUCUUUGUCAUUUGUUUUUCCAUUGGCAACCCAUCCUCGUAUGCCAAUGUGAGGCAUAAGUGGCACCCUGAGGUCUCCCAUCAUUGCCCCAAUGUGCCUGUUCUGCUGGUAGGUACCAAGAGAGACCUGCGGGAUGACAUUGAGACAGUGAAGAAGCUGAAGGAACAGAGCCUAGUGCCCACAACUCCUCAGCAAGGCACUUCCCUGGCUAAGCAGGUGGGGGCUGUGAAGUAUCUAGAAUGUUCAGCCCUGAUGCAGUAUGGGGUGCACGAGGUAUUUUCAGAAGCUGUCCGGGCUGUGCUUUACCCUGCCACAAAGAAGAACACCAAGAAGUGUGUCCUUUUAUAGCUUUUGGGGUGCUACUUGGGGACUGCACCGAAGGGGGAAUAAGAGGGAUUCCUUUGAUAGCAUUGAACAAUGCCAGCAUGAGCCAUUUGUCUCUUUUCCUAGAAACCCUAGACUCCAGGUUAUUGGGCUUUUGGAGGAACAAAGACAGCCUCGUUUGUACAUGGUUGCUGUGAAAUUUGGUCUGAACCUUUUGGAGGAAGUUUGGGGGGAAAGGGGGGGAGAGAGAGAGAGAGAGACUGACUUUUACCUCUGAACUAGCUUUCCUAGCUGUAUUUACCAUUGAGCAAGUGCCUCACAGAAGGACAAGUUUCUACAGUUUCGAAAGCAUUGCCUUAAACUUUCUGAUAUAGUAAUUUUGGAAAAUCAUUUUAUGUGUGACACCUGGGUGUUCCCAGUGUUGACAUGUGUUCUUCCCAUUCUGGAGAUGGGACAUGUUUGCAAAAAUGGUUAAGCAGCAUUUCUUGAAGUUCUGGAAGAUACUAAUGGAUGUUCCUUAACAAGGUUCUAUGGUCAAGUAAGUCAGGAACCAGUGGGGUUUUUUUAAGUGUUUAUUUAAAUUCCAGUUAGUUAACAAACUGUGAUAUUAGUUUCAGGUGUACAAUUUAGUGAUUCAGCACUUCCGUACAACACGUGGUGCUCAUCACAAGUGUCCUUUAAUCCCCAUCACCUAUUUACUCCAGCCUCCCCCCUUUUGGUAACCAGUGAUUUAAAUAAAGCUGAACAGGUUCCUCUACUGGAGGGAUUUAUAACUUUUAGUAAGUGGGCAACAUUUCUCAAAUUUAUUUCACUGAUUUUUUUUUUUUUUU